AUGGAUCAUUCUUCUGCUGUCACAGUUAUCUUAAUAAUAACUGCAAUUACUAGUACACGCGGUUAUGUCUGUAGUCCGGGAUUUAUUGCAUGCCAAGAUGGUCUUCAGUGUAUUCCAGAACGUGAGCUUUGUAAUGGAUUGACGAACUGCAAUGAUGGAUCCGAUGAAUCCCAUACAGUCUGUCUUGAUUACGACUGUGGCGAAAGGAGUGUGAAAUGUCAGGAUGGCAUCCAGUGUAUUAAAAAACACUGGUUAUGCGAUGAUUUCACGGACUGUAACGACGAAUCAGAUGAAACAUCGGACUUCUGUACAGCUUAUGUGUGUAAGCAGACAUCUCGGACGUUGUGUGACGAUGGUUUAAAAUGUAUUAAUAAUAACAGAGUUUGUGAUGGUGACUUUGACUGCAGUUGGGGAACUGAUGAAAAACCGCAAAUCUGUAAAGACUAUAACUGUAGCGAAGGAAUGGUCAAAUGCCACGACGGUCUACAAUGCAUCGACGCAAAAAAGCUUUGUAACGGGCAUACACAAUGUAAUGAUAGAUCUGACGAAUUACCAGAAUUCUGCAAUGGUUAUGACUGUGUUGGAGGUGAAGUAAAAUGCCAAGAUGGAAUCCAGUGUAUUUCGAAAAUUGAUCAAUGUGAUGGUGAAGUUCAUUGUAGAGACGAAUCUGAUGAAUCAACAGAGUUCUGUAGAGAUAGACCAUGUCCGAAUAGUGAGGUGAAAUGUGCAGAUCAAUUCGAGUGUGUUUAUGAACCAUUCCUUUGUGAUGGAGGUAUAGCCUGUGACGACAAAUCUGACGAAGAUGAGGAAUUCUGUAGAGCUUAUUCUUGUUUGGAGAAUCAUACCAAGUGUGAAGAUGGUGUACAAUGUGUUCAUUCUAAAUACUUUUGUGAUGGAGACCCAUACACAGACUGUUUAGAUGGUUCUGACGAGGAUGCAGACAUGUGUAAAGAUUAUGAAUGUGGAAAUGGAAAGGUAAAAUGCCUGGAUGGUCGUCAAUGUAUAAACAAAGAUGAUCUUUGUGAUGGAAGAGCGAUAUGCAAAGAUGGAUCUGAUGAAUCAUUGGAGGUCUGUCAUGAUUUUGAAUGCGCGGAGGGAAAGGUCAAAUGUCAGGAUGGUAUCCAGUGUAUUUAUGAAGCCAGUCGAUGCGAUAGUGUGCAAAUUUGUAAUGAUGGAUCUGAUGAAUCACCUGAAUUCUGUAGAGAUUUUGAAUGUUCGAAUGGGAAAGUCAAAUGUCAGGAUGGUAUCCAGUGUAUUCAUGAAGACAAACGAUGUGAAGGGAGGCAAACUUGUAAAGAUAGGUCUGAUGAAUCACCUGAAUUCUGUAGAGAUUACCAGUGCCUUGAUCACCAACUAAAAUGUAAAGACAACAAACAGUGUAUUAGUCAAUCGAUGUUAUGCAAUAUUCAUCACGACUGUAAUGACGAUUCUGAUGAAGAUGAGGACUUCUGUAAAGCCUAUCCUUGUAUGGAAAAUGAGAUGAAGUGUGACGAUGAUAUUCAAUGUAUUCGCAAAAAUCAAUUAUGUGAUGGUGAAACAGAAUGUGAUGAUGGCUCUGAUGAAGUGUCGGAAAUGUGCAAAGCCUAUCCAUGUAUGGAACAUUGGAAGAAGUGUGAUAAUAAUGUGCAAUGUCUUCAUAUAACUAAAUUUUGCGAUGGACUCUUCCAGUGUGAUGACUUUACGGAUGAAAAGUCAGAAACUUGUAAAGAUUUCGACUUACCAGAAGAAUUGAUGACAACAACUACUUUCAAUCUUUACUAGAUGAAAUUGAACAAUACAAGUGUUAUUGUUGCUUUCU